AUGAAAACCAAAAACCAAAAGAACAUCAAUAGCUGCAACUGCAAUUGCUUCAGUCACUCCAAUCAGGGGAUCGCUAUCACUGACGAGAAGAACAUUCUGAGGAGGCCCAGCUACACGUACAAGUGUCUCAAUCAUAAUCCGCGUCCGCGACCUUUGAUAUUUUCUUGAAAACUUCUUUGAAGAGUCUGAAAGCCCACCGAAGAAAGUGCUGAUUUUCCUUCUUGCCGUGAAGUUUUUUUUGGUUCAAAACUUACCUUAAUUGCCCUGACAAAAUCAGAAAUCUCUGUGAAAUAUAUGUAGAAAAGCAACAAAAAGCCAAAAAACAC